UCGGCCACAAUGGCCUAGCGGCGGCCGACAGUCCCAGCCGACCAACACCAAUAGAUACACGCUCCCUUGUUGCGACUGGCCGAUCGGAAAACCUAAAGUGGGGAAAACAGGAAGAAUGAAGGUACCGGUGAUAGAGCGGGCGUCGCAUGUGUGCUUGACCUGCAAAUCAAGGAAGAAGGGAUGCGACAAGCAACUCCCAACCUGCGGUUACUGCGCCAAACGGAACCUGCCAUGUCGAUACCAGGGAUCUCCCGUCGCUGAAGAACCCGUUGCGGAUGCGAUUACUCAGAUAGAAAUAAAUGCGAUAUUGUUACAGAUGGUUUCCCUGUUUGGCCCGCCGUCGGAAAACAUGUCAACGGCACCCAGGAGGACAUGGUACCACGUAUGCCGCAUCAUUCAAUUGGCGGACCUCUCACUGCAGGAGAUCAGUCGCCGGUAUUUCAGCAACUUUCACAUCUGGCUUCCAAUAGUAUCGUAUGAAGUGUUUGAAGAAAGCUUGGCUCGGUACAAUAGCCCGUCUCGCUCACCACCGGUGGACUUUUCUGUCCUUGUGCUGGGUAUGUGCCUGGUGACGCUGCAGCCGUCAAAAUUCAAUACACACAUAACACCGCAUAGUCUAUAUUCCACUAUGAAGAUGCUGUUUGCCGAAGCCCAAUCUAUAAUGUGUGCCUCGACAUAUCUCAUUCAGGCUGGACUGCUCAUCGCUGCGUAUGAGUAUGCCAACGGUCGGCCUGAGGCAGCGCACAUUACGAUGGGGAGUGUAGCUAAAAGUGCUUUCGUGACUGGGCUAGCAGAUUCCAGCUCCUGGCAGACAAAUGAAGCUAGUAUUAUCUCAUCUGAAAGCCUGGAGCGUCUGAAUCUGUGGUGGGGUGUAAUCAUUCUCGAGAGGCUUAUUUUAUGCGAAAUCAAUGACAAGACACAACGGCCUACGACAGAUUGUCCGACUUCUGAGUUCCCUCUACCAAGUGACCUACAGCCUGUCCAAUCCACUACUCGUUCAGUAGGAAGCUGCCCACAUGACUGUCUGCCUUUGAACCAGGACAGGAAACCCUGCGUUUUUGGCCAUCAAGCACGAGCUGUGCUCCUUCUCGACCGCGUGUUGGCUGUGCGAAGGCACCCCCAAACUAAUAGUGGUAGAAUGGUAGAGAUUCAACAACUCGACAAGCAGCUGCAAAGCUUCCUUUCUGAACGGAUGAACACGGGUACCGCAGAAAUUGGCCAUGAUUGCAGUCCUAUAGCAUCUGCUGUGAGUCUAAGGAACCACGCCACUCGGCUGCAGCUAACUGAAUCGGCUAGAGCCCUCUGCCUAUUACACCAGGAAGUCCUGAGCUGCCCUUUCGACACCGUUGACUUGCAAGGGCUGCGACACUCAAAAGCGGCCCUAGAGAUGGUAUCUAAUGUAGUGGUGGAUGUCGCGCGCCACCACAAGGCGCAAAUUGCCUGCCAAAAUUCUCACGCCGAUUUACUACCCCUGAGUUGCUCGUACACCCUGCACAUGGCAAUGAGACAUAUUCGGGAUUGCACGAAGUUAGUCUGCCCGCACAGGCGCUCUAGCGACCUGGAUUCUCUAGCGCAGCUGGAUCAAGAAUUUUCCGACAGAUGGAAAGCCUGA